AUGAGUAUUUACACGGCCAACUGGAACCCGCUGGGCGAGGAGACCUUCUACCGGAAGCUGGAGCUCUACUCCAUGGAAUGGGGGCUGCGGGAGGACCUGCGGGACUGCGUGGUGGCCGCUGCCCCGUAUGGGGGUCCCAUAGCUCUGCUGAGGAAUUCCCGGCGGGACAAGACCCCCGGCGCCCGCCCGCUCCUGGAGAUCUACUCGGCCUCGGGGCUGCUCCUGGCCAGUGUCCCGUGGAAGAGCGGCCACCUGGUGCACCUGGGCUGGACAGCGGGGGAGGACCUGCUGUGCAUCCAGGAGGACGGGACUGUCCUGGUCUACAACCUGUUCUGCGAGUUCAAGCGGCACUUCAGCAUGGGAAACGAGGUGCUGCAGAACCACGUGCUGGAGGCGCAGGUUUUCCACACGGAGUUCGGGAUGGGCGUGGCCAUCCUGACGGGAGCGCUGCGCUUCUCCCUCGCCACCAACAUCGACGACCUCAAGCUGCGCCGCCUGCCCGAGGUGCCUGGGCUGCAGAAGCCCCCGCCGUGCUGGGCCGUGCUGGCCCAGGACAGGGUGACCAUGGUGCUGCUGGCCAUGGGACAGGAGCUCUUCCUGCUGGACAACACCUCCUGCUCCGUGCUGACGCCCCCCGGGCUGAGCCCCUCGGCGGGGCCAUUCCUGCGCGUGGCCGUGUCCUUCACCCACCGGCACCUCGCCCUCUUCUCCGACUCCGGCACCGUCUGGAUGGGAACGGCCUCGCUCAAGGAGAAGUUCUGUGAGUUCCACACCGGCGUGCGCUCCCCGCCCAAGCAGAUGGUUUGGUGCACGCGGCCCCGCAGCCGGCAGCGAGCCGUGGUGCUGGCCUGGGAGCGGCAGCUGAUGGUGGUGGGCAACUCCUCGGAGUGCAUCCGCUUUGUCCUGGAUGAGGAUUCCUUCCUGGUGCCCGAGCUGGACGGGGUCCGCAUCCUGUCCCGCAGCUCCCACGAGUUCCUGCACGAGAUCCCAGAGGCCAGCCAGGAGAUUUUCCGCAUCGCCUCCAUGGCUCCGGGCGCUCUGCUGCUGGAGAUUUACAAUUCAGUUACACAAGAGAAAAAAACAGACUAA